UACCACUUGUUUCUUCCCCUACAACUCCAUGUUAUGCAACAUAACCCUCAAGUCAUUGCAUUUAAUGCACAUUUACUUAUUUGUUUCUACAAAUACUCCUUGAUUUACCAAUACAAUUGUUCUCAAAAGAGUAUACUAUCUAUUUGUCUAUGAGAAUGUUAGUCACAUACCUUUUUUUUCUUUCUGAGCAUUUCCUGCAAUGCAUAUUGCAGUGCCAUGCAUCUUGCCAGCACUAAUCAACAUGAUCAACAUAUCAAGUUGGUGAACAAACCACAUUUCUCUAUCAAGACCGAUGACAUAAAAGGUUUUGAAUCCUUACGAAGUAAUUUUCCAAUAAUGAAUGAAGGAAAAAAUGUGAAGACUUUCUUGGUCAAUAAUCAAAAGUCAGGAAAAGAAAGAUACAAUAACCCAAAAAUGCUCAAUGCUAUAAGAAAAGAUUAUGUUGCUUCAGAAAUCAAAACACUGGGCUCAGUUUAUAGGAAAGUUUCUCGCAAAUUACCUAGGGAGAAAAAUUCUGAAUUUAACUUGGACUAUUCACUACCCAAAGUGCAUCCUCCUUCAAAUAACUAGGUAAUAAAGUCAACAAUUUAUUACACAACUUUGUUGACUGUAUGUGUAGCCGAAAUAUGAGGAAGAAAAUAAUUUGUAUCUAUCAUCUAUAAUAGUAUCAUGUGGCACCGAUUUGAAAUAAUGCUUUUAUUCUGCUUCUUCAGAUUAAUGCAUUGGACAAAAUCUCGAAGGGAAAUAAAAUGAUUACAAAGAUUCAUUUCAAUAA